GUACCAGACUAUGCUGGGGAUCAGCUUCGCCAUGGCCUUUAUCCCAGUCUUGUUCAUCAAUAGUCUCAUCUCGGAGCGGGCAACUGGCGCCAAGCUCCUACAAGAGAUGAGCGGCGUCCACCCCCUGGCCUACUGGCUGGGCACGUUCGCCUUUGACUUCCCGGUGUUCCUGAUGGUGGUGGCGCUGAUCAUCUGCGCCCUGAACGUCAACCCCUACAUCUUCAUCAUGAACAACCGCUGGCUGGUCACCUUGACCCUGGCCACGGUCUACGGGCUGGCGACCUUCCCCUUCCUCUACUUCCUGCAGAACUCUUUCACGACGCCGUCACGUGGUCUGCUCGUCAUCCUCAUCGUUAACAUCGUCAUCGGUAUCGCUAUUGGCACAGUGAUUGGUUUUUUCAAGCUGGGGGGCGUGGCCAUUAAGGGCCAUUGGGCCGUGUGGAACCAGGUGUGUAGUUUCGUGUCCCCCAACUACCUGCUGUCUGGGAUGCUCAUCGUCAUGAUGCUGCAAGUACCGUAUGAUGCCGUUGAUGGCUUCCAGUUUCUCUUCUCACGCGAUCACAACUUCCUGACAGAAAACAGCUACAAACUUUUGUGUCAGGCGGCCGUGGCCUGGGUGUUGGUCAUCUUGUUGGACUACAAGGUCCAUAGGUCAUUCUGGUAG